GGCGGCCUCGCCCGGGAGCGGGCCGGGCUGCACCCGAGCCCGCUGGUCUCUCGGCAGGGGACAGAGCGUGGGCUUCUCCCUCGGGCCAGGGAAAGCAGAGAGCAUGAAAGCCUACCUAAAGAGCGCAGAAGGCUUUUUUGUCCUGAAUAAAAGUACUACUGUUGGAAGGCAUGAAGACUCAGACCUUGUUUUAGAGUCUGCUGACAUCGACAACCAUCACGCACUUAUUGAAUAUAAUGAGGCCGAAGACAGUUUUGUUCUCCAGGACUUCAAUUCCCGAAACGGCACCUUCGUCAACGAGUGCCACAUUCAGAAUGUGGCCGUGAAGCUGCUGGCUGGAGACAUCCUGAGAUUUGGGUCCGGAGGGCUGACCUACGAACUGGUCAUCGAAAACCCACACUCGGUCUCCUUCCCAUGGAUGAAUGGCUCAGUACCUUGGCCAAGACCACAGCCACCUCGAGCCACACAACAGUCGAAACAGUCACCCUCACCACCACAGAUGCCCUUCCACCCGGGCAUCCGGCCAACACCAGUGCAGAGGAGCUGGUCCCAGGGGUUUCCCAGACCUACCAUGGUCCCACCUGCCUCCCACAACCGGCCUGUGAGUGCUGGUGGGAAGAUGUUCUCCUUUGUGGUGGAUAACACUCACAGGCCUCCCGUCAUCAAGCAAGUGUGGACCAAUGCUGUGGAACUGUCGGAACAGUCAGUGGUCGAAGGAAUUUCCGGAGCAGGACCUUCCAGGGACAUUUACGUGGACCAGGACCACCCAGCCCACCAGGAUAAGGAUGAAAUCAUUCUGCUGCUGGGGAAAGAAAUCAGCCGUCUCUCGGAUUUUGAACUUGAGUCUAAAUACAAAGACGCCGUGAUAGUGAACUUGCAGAAUGAAGUGGCCAGCCUGAGUCAGAGGCUGUCGGAGUCCACCUCGUCCAGACAGAGUAAGUUCCAGGUUCUGGAUGAAGACAUCGAUGCCGGACAGAGAGAGAUCCAGAGCUUGAAAAACCAGAUCAGUGCCCUGCAGAAAGGCUACAGCCAGGUGCUGUGCCAGAGCCUGUCUGAGAGGAACUCAGAAAUCACAUCCCUGAAGAACGAGGGCGAGAACUUGAGGAGGGACAACGCCAUCACCUCAGGGAUGGUGUCAUCAUUGCAAAAAGAAGUCUUAACCAGGGAUGAGGAAAUUCAGCAACUCAAACAGGAGGUGAACCAACUAAAAAGUGAGAACAAAGAAAAGGAUCACCAGCUUGAAGCCCUCAGCUCCAGAGUGAGUGCUGGGUCACCAUCAUCAUCCUUCUGCCUGGCAGAGCCCCGCCCGUACGUUCAUUUCUCCCAGGCAGAUGGACUUCCUAGCCGCGUGGGGUCACUGCUCUAUGUGGGGCGCAGGAGGUUCCCCGGAGUGCAUUAUGAUCACAUUAGCGGCGAGCACAUGCUUUCAUCGUCAUUUCAGGUUGAAGAGAAGCUUCAGGAGGAUUCCAGAAAGAAAUUGCUCCAGCUACAAGAGAUGGGCAACAGAGAGAACCUCAUUAAAGUCAAUUUGGAAAGGGCAGUAGGUCAGCUGGAACAUUUCAGAAGUCAAGUCAUCAAGGCCACCUACGGACGAGUGAAGCCGUUCCUGGACAAGCCCGUCACCGAUCAACAGCUAAUAGAGAAGAUUGCCCAGGUCACUGAGGACAACAUCAACUUUCAGCAGAGAAAAUGGACCCUGCAGAAAGAGACUCGGCUCAGCAACUCCAAACAGGAGGAAAUCACAGAGAACAUCGAGAAGCUGAAGGCAUCUUUAGACAGCUGCCAGGCUUGCAUGAAAAUGUCCUGCUGUAGCAAGGACCUGAAGAAGGAGGUGGACGUGCUCCAGACCCUUCAGGUGAGCCCACCUGUUUCCGGGCUCCAGAAGGUGGUGUUGGACAUCCUGCGCCUGUCGCUGUCCUGGCUGGAGGAAACGGAGCGUCUCCUCCGGGACGUCGGGAUCCAGUUACCCAGCUCUGACACAGAUCAAGAUCCACAGUUCUCAGGAAACUCAGCAGUCUUUCAUGCAAGAGAAGCUGCGGGAGCAUCUGGCAGAGAAGGAGAAGCUGAAUGAGGACAGGCUGCACCAAGAGGAGAGGCUGAAAGCCAGAAUCAAGCGGCUGAUGGAAGAGAAGGCGGUAAGGUUUUGGAGGAAAGCAUGACUCAAGAGAAGAACAGAGCAAAAGAAGCCUUAGAAGAAGAACAGAAGAGAAUCCAAGAGCUGGAGAAUCGCUUAGCCCGCCAGAAGGAGGUCUGGGAGGAAAGCAUUACUCAAGAGAAAAACAGAGUGAAGGAAGCAUUAGAAGAAGAACAGAUCAGAGUCCAAGAGCUGGAGAAUCGCUUAACCCGCCAGAAGGAGGUUUUGGAGAGCAGCGUGGCCCAUGAGAAAAGGAAAGCAAAGGAAGCUUUGGAGACAGAAAGGAGAAGAGCUCAAGAUCUGGAGAACCACUUGACCCAACAGAAGGAGAUUUCAGAGAGCAGCCUCGCCUACGAGAAACACAAAGCAAAGGAGGCCAUAGAGAAGGAAAAGAAAAAGGUGCAAGAUCUGGAGAACCACAUAGCCAAGCAGAAAGAGGAAAUAGACUUAAAAGUACAAAAAGAAGACAUCUUAAAUAGUGAACUAAAUGACGCACUGGCCAUGUUAGAAGAGGCUCAGAAAACCAAGACGGCCGAGAGCCAAAGAGCAGAGAGCCUCACCAUGAAAUUAAAUGAAACGUUAGCUGAACUGGAAACCACCAAGACAAAAAUGCUCAUCAUGGAGGAGCGGAUUCAGCUGCAACAGCAGACAGUGAAGGCCCUCCAGGAAGAACAGAACUCACAGAAACACGGCUUUGAAACGGAAAUCAGGGAAUAUAAGGAGCAAAUCAAACAGCACUCUCAGACGAUCGUGAGCCUCGAAGAAAGACUCCAGAAAGUGACUGAGCACCAUAAAAAAAUAGAAGGCGAGAUUGCAACCUUGAAGGACAGCGACCCAGCCCAGGCGGAGGUGAUGCAGCGAGAGCCCCCAGUGGCGCCUCCGGUGGAGAGCAGUGUCAAAGACGAAGUGUGUGACACCUUGAUAGGGGAUCUACUGACGGCUCAGAAGGAGAUCCUGUCUCAGCAGGAGGUCAUCAUGAGGUUAAGGAAAAACCUCACAGAAGCCCACAGCCGAAUGUCAGAUUUGAGAGGGGAGCUUAAUGAAAAGCAGAAGAUGGAACUGGAGCGGAACGUGGCGCUGGUCCAGCAACAAAGCAGCGAGCUGAGAGCACUCAAGGAAAAGAUGGCGCAGCUAACCGGCCUGGUGGAAAGGAAGGACAGGGAGCUGGAGGUCCUCAAGGAGGCACUCAGGGCCUCCCAAGAGAAGCACAGAGUCCAGCUGUACAAGGAGAAGGAACAGAAGCCCAGGAACUCGGCCCAGAUGUGUGACAUCUCGGUGCAGAUAGAACCGGUCCACACUGACAUUCUCUUGAGCAGUCAAGAGGAACAAUCCUUCAGUGAUCUAGGGGCCAAGUGCAAAGGGUCCCGACAUGAGGAAAUCAUUCAGCGUCAGAAAAAGGCCUUGUCUGAACUGCGUGCGCGAAUUAAGGAGCUCGAGAAGGCCAGCUCAUCCAAUCAUAAGGACCACCUGACUGAAUCCUAUCUAGACUUAAAGACGGUCAGAAUGGAAAAAAAUGUCCAGAAAUUAUUGGACGCAAAACCUGAUUUGCCAACAAUCUCAAGAAUAGAGAUCAGAGCGCCUCAGAAUGGCCUUGCCAGCUCAGCCAUCCCAGCCACGGAAAAGCCCGGGAAAAUGGAUGUGGCUGACGCUUUAGAUCUCAGUGAAAAGCUGUACAUGGACAUGAGCAAAACGCUCGGGAGUCUGAUGAACAUCAAGGACAUGUCCGGGCACAUAUCCAUGAGCCACCUCUCCGCAAAAGAGAGAGAGCGAGUCAGCUGGCUCCGACAGAGGGACCUCGAUCUGGUGUUCGAUAAGAUCACCCAACUCAAGAACCGGCUGGAGAGAAAAGAGGAGCUUUUGCGAGGAUACGAAAAAGACAUAGAACAGCUCAGGCAGAGCAAAGUGUCCACGCAGACGUACCAGUCGCAGAUGGCAAAGCUGGAGGACGACAUCUACAAGGAGGCGGAGGAGAAGGCUCUGCUGAGGGAGGCUCUGGGCCGCAUGGGGCAGCAGCUGCAGCAGGAGAAGAGGGUCAACAGGGCCAUCCGGCAGCAGAAGGUUGGAGCCCGAAAAGCCGCCCCAAAGAUGGACCAAGAAAGGGAGACGUCGAAGAGAGACACAUCCAGUAAAUCCAGCCAGAGCCUCCUGUUUUCUAAGCCUGGCGACAGGAACUAGAAGUGUCAUCCCGUCGGGUCUUAUGUGAUUCUCCGUGAGUCACGUGGGUGACUCAGAAUUCUGUGUCAAAAUACUAAGACGCUUUUAUAGGACUUUAAAGGUCGUCACCCUAGUAUGUUGCUUCCUAGACUGGUGUUUGCUCGAUGCUGUAUUAGGGAACAUGCAGGGAUAGGGGUUCUUUGUUAAAUUACUCACGGAUGUGUACAUCCUCAGGCAUAUGAAGAAUGCAGGUUGGAAGCCCAGACUCCUAGGCCUGGUCCAUACAAUUAUGCGCCACAUCUGAGCAGUGGCGUGCCCACGUAUCCACCUCUACGGAGCUGCGAGAAUCCCGCCACUGGCAAAACCCAAGACGUGUACUGGGGCCACAGGACAGAAUGGCAACCUCGGGGCCGAGGCUGAGGCCACGGUAGAGCACAUUUAUAUCUAAGUUUAUUAUAAUAAAUCUAGUAUGCCUGGUCGUCUUAUCGCUUCUGUAAUAGUGACUGACAUGUCUGUGGCACUCUGCGGUUUUCAAAAUGCUUCUCACCUAAUCCUCCCCCAAACCCUGGGAGGUAAAUAGUACUCUGGCCAUUUUACAGACGAAGACAAUGAGGCCCAGAGAGGUUAAAGUGCCUGUCUAGAAUCAUGCAGCUAGUAAAUUCAGAAGCUGGGUCUGGAACGCAGGUUCUGACUCCCAUCCCAUACUGCCCAUUCAGCGGCACCAGGGUUCAGGCUCCAGCCUCCCGAGGAGGCCAGACCCAAGUACCCUGUCCCAGAAGAGCACGCACUGCCCAGGUGGGCACACCCCUUUAUCAUGGUGUUUGUAGAGACCCUCAUUCUUCUUGCUCCCAUGUUCUCCCCAUCUGUCCGCUUGCUGCCUUUCUCGUGUGGCCGGAACCGCCGAACAAAAUGGGAGGAAGAGCCAGAAGGCAUGAAUAUUGUUUCUUUUUUAUUUUUA